AUGAAGAAGCGCAUCAAAGCGAAUGCUCGUGGAGGUACCAGGGGCCGCGCGCGGGGGCAAUCGCAUGGUCGUGGAAGGGUGAACCCUUCUCUCCAAGUUAAAGUUUCAAAAACAGUUAGCCGGAGCAGUGGGCUCGAGAAGGGGGGGACGCGUUCUAGCUUGAAGGAUUUCAAGGUGCAAGAACAGUACAGGGUGUUCGUGGGCGAGAAGCUGCGUAAGUUUGGGGCGGAGAAACAGACGAAGGACGGGCAGGAGAACAUAUUGAUCCUGUUUCUAUAUGAAACCUCUCUUUGUCUCUCCUCAAUAUUCGACUCCCAAGUCCAGACAUCUUCUAUUCUCUCGCACCUCCUUCCCGAACUCUACAUCUCCGCAUCAAUCCAGCCUCCAAUCAGCUCCGUGCUCAUAUCGCUCCUCCAUCACCUGAUCGCAGGAUAUCCAUCGCAAAAAAGCUACUUCGAACAUCUUUCGCGCCUCUCGCCCUAA